UUUCGCUAUCGCGGGAAAUUUUUGAGCGUGUUAUGGAAUAAUAGCGCGCGCUCGGAAUUACGUAAGGAUUCAAUUUUUGCAGUAGAAAAGGUAUGCUAGGCGCUGCAAUUUUUUACAAAUCUACUCCAAAAAUGCCGAAAAAUUCACAGUUGAAGAGAGGGUCCACUACAACAGUGAGUCCGGUGUCAAAGAAGCGUAGGGUAAGGCAAAAUGCUGGUGUUUUCAAGUUGAUGGAGAGAAAUGAUCGUUUGAAGUCGAAAGAUCAUGAAGAUUGGACACCGCGAGUUGUCAUUACAAAACUUCCCAGCGGUGGCACCUCCUCAGUAUUAACCUCCUGUAAACUCUCGGUCUUGUCCGCGGAGAAUCGAGGCACUGAGACGAUUGGCAGCGACGAGGGGCCCGGAAAGAAGGUUGUCCGAAGCAUCAAAUCGGAGAACGGUCUCGAACCGCGCAGAACCUCGGCCAGACUUGGGUCCUCUCGGCUGCAAUCGGCUGUAAAGCAGGAAAAGGUGGCAAUCAAGGAGGAAGUGAAAGAGGAAGAGGAAGAUGAGGAGUGGGUGUUGCCUAGCAACAAGAUGAGCGACGACAAUGAAGACUCAGAUGAUUCUGAUGGAGAGAUGUCAGCAUAUGAAAAGAAAAGACUACAGAAUAUUCAGGAAAAUGCCAAAUUCUUUGCUUCGUUGGGAAUUUCAAAGACAAAGAACACGCUGUCUGAGUACGCAUCAUCAAAGGGAAAGAGCACCAUCACAAAGGGUCUUAAAAGGGAGAAGAAAGAGAAAGAGCCCCUGCCCAGACGGCCUUUGUCCUUGCGGAUUCGUCGGAUGGAUCCAGAGGGAGUGGCCCUGCCUGAUGCACCGGCGCCCAUUUACGCUGAUGAUGCACCUUCUUACGUUCGGAAGCCAUCUGGACCGUUUGACAUGGAACCUACCAACCUCGGCAGCGACGACGGUGGGGAGAAUUCAGCCUCGCGCCUCUUCAAGUCCGUCACAAAUAUGUCGCAAUCUCCCAAGUCGCCCAAGAAGGAGCCCAGCCUGCCCGACCUCGCUGCGUUCACCAAGACUCUGCAGAGGAUGAGGUUGGCGCCGGAGCGCAUCGCCAAGGUGACCAAGGACAGGGUGCUGUCCGUGGCCGUCCACCCGUCAGCUUCCAAAAUCAUCACCUGUGCCGGUGACAAAUGGGGAAGGGUUGGAGUGUGGGACGUGGAAUCUGCUGAGGGGGACGACGGUGUGUACCUCUUUGAACCGCAUUCCCGUCCCGUCAGCUGCCUGCAAUUUGCCCCCAAGAGCCCUGCCAAACUCUUCUCCUGCAGCUACGACGGCACGCUCCGGUGCGGGGACUUUGAGAAGGGCAUCUUUGACGAGAUCCACACUACCGACGUUGAUGACGACGUCUUCCUCAACCAUUUUGAUUUCCUCUCCCCCGACGGCAUGAAGCUGCUGGUGGCCCAGAACCAGCAGAAGGGAUACGUCCAGGUCGUCGACGCCAGAGUGAGAAGUCACACUUCUAGCUUAGGCUUUUGGUUGCACAACCGAUAUGUGAAAACGGUUCACAUUCACCCCACCAAGCCGCAGUACUUUGUGACCGCUUCCAACGACAGCUCUGUUGCUUUGUGGGACCUUCGGUCGCUCAAGGAGCACGGCCACUGCAAGUCCAUCUCCUCAGUACCUCACGGCAAGAGCGUUUCCGCUGCAUACUUUUCCCCGAUUACCGGCAGCAAGGCUGUCACGACAUCCUACGAUGACAGGGUCAGGAUACUGGACGUGACGGAAAGCGGCAACAUGGAAGUUGAGAAAGCCAUCAGGCACGACAACCACACCGGUCGCUGGCUGACAACCUUCCGCGCCGGCUGGCACCCAAGACGGGAAGACGUGAUCGUCGUCGGUAGCAUGGAAAGACCCAGGAGAAUUCAUCUAUUUGAUGACCAGGGCCGUCUGAUUCACAGCCUAAUGGACGAGGCGCUAGGGUCUGUCUGCUCCGUCAACGCAUUCCACCCAACCAGGGACCUCAUAGUUGGCGCCAACUCCAGCGGGCGCCUGCACGUAUUCAUGUAGCAAGUUGCCAGAGAAGAUGCUGGCAGUAGCAGUAACUCUUAAGGUUUCAUUCGAAAAAGGCGAUCCUGUGACGGGGUCUGUGACAGUCAUUUCUGUGAUGGUUUCCUCUGCCUUCUCAGAUGUGAGAUGGCCCACCUCGCCAAUUUAAUCUCAGCUUUUUUGCUGGUAUUGCCACUUUGAAAAACAAGUCAAAGAAACCGUAAACAGAAAUCAGAUGUGAGAUGACCCACCUCGCCAAUUUAAUCUCAGCUUUUUAGCUGGUAUUGCCACUUCGAAAAACAAAUCAAAGAAACGGUAAACAGAAAUCUGCGCCAGAUGUGGUAUAUUUCAUCUUCAGAUUACUCUUAUUACUAAAGAGGUCUGCUCUGUUCAGUAUUUAUUUAAUCAUGGAUUGAGAGUAAAUGUGCUGCGAGAGUGCACACGUCCCGAUAAGUCUCAUUUUAGGAUCAGGUGGCACGUUAGCAAUUAACCCCAAUCACAAGUCAGCCAUAUUGAAUAGAAAAGGGUUAACACUUUGAUUUGGGUUACCUAAGAAUAAAAAGGAAAGCGAUGAAAACAAAGUUCAUCGCAGACUUUGUUUACGAUGAUGAGUAAUUCAAAGAACCAAUCUAAAAUGUUUUAAGCAACAUUGGAAAAAAAAAUGAGGCGCGCAACCCCAAAUAGUCUGGUACCACCCCAUUUGACAAAGUUUAUUGUAUGAGAUAGAUUCGAGGAACAUGAUAAAAAAUGGCUCCUCUAUGAAAAAUGUCUAUUCUCAUGUGCUUGUGCACAGUUUGAGUUUUAUUUGCCAGCUCGUCUUGUUAUGUAUUCUGAAGAAAUUACCUGGUUUUGUCGUCCAAAAAUGUCUUCCUGCUCCUUCGUUUUAACUGGACAGAUCUGCAAAUGUGCUCUACCAAUUUUCUAUCCCGACGCUAGGCUUGUUAACUUAGAUUAGCAUCUUGACUUGAAAUCUUUAAGACUAACAAAAUGUGUAUUGAACUAUUUAAAAUACAGGUGCUGUUUCAAUUCAUGUGCUUUGGACUAUAUUUAUUCAAUGGUGACGGAUCAGACAAAUUAUUCUGUGCGUCUUGUGAAGAACCUGUGGUAAUUCCCAGGUGCUCAGCUAGGGACGAGAGUUUAGGGCCAGAGUUGAUGAUUUCUUACUCGUUAAUUAGCUCGAUUUUCUCUGAUGAUUGCAUGUCGUGCAAGGUUUUGCACAGAGAGUUCAAAGUUGGCAUUAAAAAGAACUUGUUUUAUUUUGUA